AUAUCACAGCGAAACUACGGGUCCUCGAAAGGAUACAGUAGCAACAUGAUAGUGAAGGGUAAUCAAUGUGUGUAAAUCAAUGUCGCACCAGUGUGUAACAUAAAGUAGAAAACGGAGUUUCCUUAAUUAUAGGAAACAGAAAUAUUACGUCAUUAUUAGGCUGUAGGGUUUUUUUCUUUCUUAAAUUAUGGGAUGAAAGAAUGAAAAUAACUUGUUGUUAAAGUUCAGCCUGUUGAGCUUCAUUGUUGUGAACACUGAACAGAACCGGAGGAGGAAGAAAACUCAGAUGCAGAAGUUUGAAAACCAGAAGUUGACCGACCAUCUGUGACAUUUGAUUUCUUUUUCUGUUAAUGGUUGAAGCUCGAACUCUUCCUGUGCAGCUCACCGGGUACGGGAGCAGGAGAACCUCAAAGGAGCCAAACAGAGGAGAGUUCAAACACAUUGAAAAACUCUCAGAGUCAAAUAAUAAAAAGAAAAAACGAUCAGACAUCAAAAAAGGAAAGUGAAGUUCAGCUGCGGCUGAAGAAGAUAAAACGAGACAGAAAACACAGGAAGGGAAGAGCCAAACGAACACAGAGGUGAGUCACAGAAGUUUCCAGAAAGUCGUCUCCAGCCUUCUGUUGCUCGUUCACUUCCACUGACUGACUGUGACACUUAGGAACGCAGCAAAAUGGCGUCAGAUGUGGAUCAUGAAAGAAAAGAAAGAGAAGCAUCGUGUAUGAGCAGGGCAGCCAGAAGGCUCAGGAGGGCUCUGUCCAGGAUUUGCAGAGAUAAUUCUUCCUCUUCCCAUGUGAAUGCUCCUCCUGUCCCUCAGCCUGACUAUGGGGAAAGCUAUGGGUCGCUUGGGCUUCCUUCCACCGAAAAGCAUUAUAGACCCCUGUCCACGGGUCGCAGAGAAAAUUCUUUCUCUUCCCAUGUGAAUGCUCCUCCUGUCCCUCAGCCUGACUAUGGGGAAAGCUAUGGGUCGCUUGGGCUUCCUUCCACCGAAAAGCAUUAUAGACCCCUGUCCACGAGUCACAGAGAAAAUUCUUUCUCUUCCCAUGUGAAUGCUCCUCCUGUCCCUCAGCCUGACUAUGGGGAAAGCUAUGGGUCGCUUGGGCAUCCUUCCACCGAAAAGCAUUAUAGAUCCCAGUCCAGGAGUCACAGAGAUAAUUCUUUCUCUUCCCAUAUUUAUGCAAAUGCUCUUCCUGAGUCUGACUAUGACAUAUACAAUGUGUCGUUUCACCAUCCUUCCUCCGAAAAGUAUUAUAGACCCCAGUCCAGCAUUCACAGAGAUAAUCCUCGCUCUUCCCAUGUGUAUGCUCCUGCUGCUCCAUGUGCUAAGUCUCGGCUGGCUCGCCGUCCUUUUUUUAAAGUCUCAUGUGAUACGUGGAACAAUGAAAAGACUAAUUUAUUUUCUACUCCGUCACUGUCAGACAUGACCUUCAAUCUUUCAGACAGAGAAGACACCGAUUAUUAUUAUUACAGUUCUACUUUCGGUAUACCCACCUGCUCCCAGUCUAAAGCCCCCACUGUUGCUGGCCCUCCAUGUCCAAAAGGCAGGCCUGCAGUCCUCCAGGACUCCACUGACUGCACUGAAGGAAGCAGAGUACAAGAUGCAUGUGAGCUGUUGUCUGAGCAGCCUGGCAUCGAGUCAGGAGGUGACAGUGUCCUGGUGGAAAUGGAGGCACCUGUUACAGCUGUGAACUGCUCAGUCACAGACACCCAGCAAACCCAUUGUCACCUCCAAACCUCCUCCUCAGAUCCCGGUCGGAGUAAAAGAGCCUCCAGCUGUUUGCCUCGUUCUCACAGCGUUCCCUCGCUGAGUCAAAUAACCUCUGCAAAGAACCAGAGCUUUACACGAGCAGAGAGCUUACCUGCCAUGCUGCUAAAAAGCAGCUUUGAGGAGUUCACGCCUGAUAUCGCUGCUGAUGAAAACGAUGAAACCUACAGGUUCCAGUGCUCCUGCCCAGGCCUGUACCAGUGCAGCGUGACAGGCCUGGUGUUCCACAUGGAGGGAGAAGGGGACGUGGUCUACAGGGUCGUCCCUUGGAACAGGAGGCUACUGGCCCAACAUCCCAAGCAGCCUGCAGGACCCCUGUUUGACAUCCAAUGUCUGCAGCAGUCUGUGUGUCAGCUUCAUCUCCCACACUGUGAGAUCCGCUCCACAGGUGGAUGUGAAUUCUUGUCAGUUGCUCACGUGAAUGAUGAGGGCAUGGAGUUCAUCGGCCCUCGUAAGAUCACAGAAACUCAUGUUAUUAUAAACAUCACGGGGUUUUCUGCUUUCGGUAAUGUCAAGGAUGAAGACUCACCACCCGACCCGGUCCGAGCGCUGGUUCUGCUGUUCUACAGGCCCCCGGCUGAUCCGGAUCCCACAUCCCUCCUCAAUGUGUUGCUGCUACCGAGGAACGUCGUGCUCCGGGAUGUGCUGCGCACCAGGAAGAAAUUAGUUGGAGAUGAGCUCUACGUAGAGACAUCCCCACACUGUAAGCUGCACCCAAAGCAGGAAUACACACUGUCCACUUGUCCUGAAGACGACUCCGUUCUAGUUCAGCCAACAGAAGCAGAAUUUGACUGUGACGACUACGACAACUACUUCCCAUCAUUCCAGGUGAGUUUAGACAAAAUCAUGAAACAUAUUAAACUGUUUCUGAGAGACACCAACAGCUCCCACAGUGUCUGGGAAAGACGAGUUUGUCUCUCGUCCUCUGGAGUAAGAAGGUCCUGUGGGCCGAGCGCUCUGAAUCUCCCUCCAAAUGAGAGGCUGUCGGCCAUACGGAGCAGCUUCAUCGAUGGGAUAUCAGGACCUGUUCUCAAAAGUCUGCUGGACAAACUGAAUGAGAAAACGGUGCUGGCUGAUUCUGAGAGGGAGGCAGCGGACGAGAUGCAGCACAAAAGAGACAAAGCUUGUUUUGUUAUCAACACGGUGAGGAAGAAAGGUGAAGCUGCUAGUUCAGAGAUGAUUGAGUGUCUCUGUGAGAUGGACCCCUUCCUCUGUGAACACCUCGGCUUGAUCUGAAGAUAAAUGAACAGGCGAUGCAGACAGUUUCAGAAUCAGAAAUCCUUUAUUGAUCCCCGAGGGGAAACUCUUUUGUUACAGCAGCUCACUGUCACGUCAGUGCACACAGGAACAGAAGUACUAAGCAAAAAAUAUAAUACACUAUAAUACAGGUCAGAUAAAUACAGAUAGAGAUAAGGUAUCAGAUAAUAUAGAUAAAGUACAAAGUGGAUUUACCGGUUUUUGAUAAGUAUGUACGGUAUAAUAAAACAAUGUAAUAAUAUAAGUAAUAAUGCAAUAGUUUAAGUGUAUAUUGCCCAGUGUAUUUGUAAAGAUCUGUUUGUAAAUGUUGAAAUUGUCUCUCAUCAAAUGUUUAAUGUACUGGCGUAAACAGAUAUUUAAGAGCUAAAGAGAGCAGCAGGUGAGUUAAAUUGUGUUUCCUGUUGAUGAUGCAGUGUGAACUCGUUCAUGUGCUUCGGGGGAAUCUCCCUGAUUUGUUUGUACAGGAUGAACACGAGAGGAAACCUUGAGGAAGUUUAGAGCCAUCUGCUGGCUGACAUGAGCUCCACAAAACAAUCUCACCACAACGUCCAUUUAGUGGCUGUUCUGGAGCUUUUGAUUGUAUCAAACAACUUCCUCAGCUGGUGGAGUUUUUCCAGUUGUCAUGGAAAUGUUUAAGUUUCCAUUUUUCCAAGUACUUUAAGGACUUCUUGUCCAGGUUGACUUCAGAAUCAGAUCAGAAAUCAGAAAUGCUUUAUUGAUCCCCGAGGGGAAACUCUUUUGCUACAGCAGCUCACUGUCACGUCAGUGCACACAGGAACAGAAGUACUAAGCAAAAAAUAUAAUACACUAUAAUACAGGUCAGAAAAUAAAUUAAGUACCAAGUGGGUAUAAGUAUAAAAUAAAAUAAGUGUGAAGUACAAAGUGGGUUUACCGGUUGAUGAUAAUAAUACGGUAUAAGGUAAUAGUGCAUGAGAUUAUAAUGAGACGGAGGAUAUUGCACAGCAGUAAUAGAGGUAUGAAUAAAUAUCAAUAUCAAUAAAUAGGGAAUUUAAGUAUAUAUAUAUUGCACAGGUGUAUUAACACAGAAUAUUGCACAAUUAUGUCGAGUAUUGCAGAGAUGUUAAUGAUCAAUGUCCAAUUUAGUGACUUAGGGUCAUACAGACUGACACUUAGAGGGAGGAGUUAAAGAGUCUGAUGGCCACAGGCAGGAAUGACUUCCUGUGGCGCUCUGUGGUGCAUUGUGGGGGGAUGAGUCUUCCACUGAAGGUGCUCCUUUGUUUGACCAGCACGUCAUGGAGCGGGUGGGAGACACUGUCCAAGAUGGCAUGUAGUUUGGCCAGCAUCCUCCUCUCUGACACCACCUCCAGAGAGUCCAGCUCCACCCCCACAAUGUCACCGGCCUUACGGAUCAGUUUGUUGAGUCUGUUAGUGUCCGCUGCCCUCAGCCCGCUGCCCUUAACCCGCUGCCCUCAGCCCGCUGCCCUUAACCCGCUGCCCUCAACCUGCUGCCCUCAGCCUGCUGCCCUCAGCCUGCUGCCCCAGCAUGCAACAGCAUACAGGACAGCACUGGCCACCACAGACUCAUAAAACAUCCUCAGCAUUGUCCGGCAGAUGUUGAAGGACCUCAGCCUCCUCAGGAAAUAGAGGCGGCUCUGGCCCUUCCUGUAAACAGCCUGAGUGUUCUUAGCCCAGUCCAGUUUAUUGCCCAUGUGUACUCCCAGGUACUUGUAGUCCUCUACAAUGUCCACACUGACCCCCUGGAUGGAAACCGGGGUCACUGGUGCCUUGGCCCUCCGUAGAUCUACAGCCAGCUCCUUAGACUUUGUCGCAUAGUUGGGGGGGGGGACACAGGCUUUUAGCACCCCGGGGCUGACUCCAUCGGGGCCUCCAGCCUUGUUUAGGUGGAGUUUCAUCAGCUGUCCUCUCACCUGGGCAGCAGUCAGGCACACAGCAGAGCUUACAGGCGGGGGGGCAUUGCUGCAGAACCUCCUGUCCCGCCUCCACUCAAAAAUGUGUUUUGCUUAUUGUUAAUUCACUUGGAUGGAUGUUGGCUCUCUAUAUGGUGUUGGCCUUAAUCUUCCCACUUAUUUUCUAGUUGUACAGGAUGAUAGUAGUGUUUCUAUUUCUAGCUUGAUCUGGUAUUUUUUUUAAUUUAUGGUAUUUUUUGUGUAUUUAUUUUUAAUAUUCUAUUUUAUUUUUUAUUUCAAGAUUCAAGGACUUAUUUGUCUCAUACUCAGUAAAAGGCAGCGGGGUGGGGGGGGCAUACUCUAGGAUGUGCUUAAAGAUUAGUGUGCAAAAAUAAUAAUACAUAUAUUUUAUAUUGUUUUUUGAAUUGAUUAGCUGAUUUAUAUUUUGUAUUAAUAAUCUGAAUCUGCAAAGUAACUAGUAACUAAUGUUGUAGCAUAAAACGGAAAUGCACAAGUAAUUUUUUUUGUUUUCUUUCGACAAACUUUAUUGAGUUCAACGUGUAUACAGUUCACAGUUGUUGUUUUUUUUCUCUUUAAUAUUUAUUUCAAAACCAUACAGGCUUAUUAAACAUUCAAUAUUUCAAGUAGAGCAGGUCGAACAAUUGAACAAAAAUGAAACCAAGAAUAAAGAAAGACAUAAUUACAGAGUUACAGGGUUCAAAGAAAGAGCAUCCAAAUUAUUCCACAGCCAAAGUGCAUUCUUAGAUUUACAAAAAUUCAAAGACUCUUUUAAAGAUGACACAUCAUGAAUAAAAACAUUAAAUAAAGGUUUAGUGUUGCCAAAAUUACAUUUGUGAAUGAAAAAAAAAUUGCCAUAACAAUCAUACUAUUAAUUGUUAAAUAUUUUGAUUUGUCCCCCAGUACAACGCCAAAUUUAACAUCAUUGUAAUCGAAAAAUGCACAAGUUCCUCAAACCGGAUCGAUUAUU